AUGCUUCCACAGCUGGUCCUCAUCUCACUGCUGGGCCUCACAUGGACAACAGUAACUGGAUUGCCUUGCACUCAGACAUUUCCUUCUCAGCCACCUCCAUCAACUGUCAACAGUGUCAGACCCUCAGAUGUGGCUGUACUUUCAUCUAUUGGACUUCACAUGCACAGCACUGAGCUGUCCAUGGUGGUAUCAAGACUCAGAGAGCUGAUGACCCUGUUCAAUCCUGCACUGAUCAGUCCCCUCUCAGAUGAAACAAACUUGUAUGCCUCUCACUUUGCUCAACAAAGCACGCUGGUGGAGCAGGCAAAGGAGGUAUCCCUCUAUCUCCAGAACAAUCAGGUCAUUGAUGUGGACAGAGACUGGAAGUUGGUCCUUCUCUUUGUUCAGGUGGAUCAGCUCUGUGCCUGCAAGCAGCAGCAGGUUCAGUCCGUUAUCCAGGCAGCAGUUGAAGAGGUGGAUCGUGCUGUGCAGCUGCUGCACUCUCAGCUAAAGCGGACCAUUAUCAGCAUUGCACUGUGGGAUGGAGAGCACGACACUUUCCAGCACAAGAUGUGCCCAUGCAUGGAAACAAACAGUGAAGGAGAAAUCAGACUCCUGAGGGCCUUGAUGACUCACUCUCUGCAGGAGUCCUUGGAUGAGCUCAUGGUAAAGAAACGCUGGUAUGGCGACAGAGAUGACUUCACUGUCACUCUACAGGACAAACCUUUCGUCACAGACCUGUCAACUGUUGCUAGUGGGAAGCCGUUCUCUGAGUCCGAAGCUACACAGCAAACUGAUAAACUGAUGGUACAGAUGUGGACAAACCUGCUGCAGCCCACAGUUGGCCAAGAUAACACAGAGGACAAUGGAAAGAUCAUCACAUUGCCGUGUCCAACUGAGGACCGACCCUUCCUGAGGACGGAGGGAAACUCUCCUUCAUAUCACCACAGCGAUGUUUCCCCGCUCCUUCACCCAUUUACAGGAACAGAGAUGUCCUGCGAGGACUUCAGCCCCUCAGCCUCCACACCGACCUCAGUCCAUGAGCUCAGGCCUGGUGAUAUCAAAGUCGUGGCUGCUGUGGGAGACUCUCUGACAGCAGGGAACGGUAUUGCAUCCAGCCAAAACAACAUCCUGGACGUCCUGCGUCAGUACAGAGGCUUAUCAUGGAGUAUUGGUGGAGAUGAAAACCUCACCACUGUCACCACUCUGCCCAACAUCUUAAAGCUUUUUAAUCACAACCUGACGGGCUAUUCCAUUGGUAUGGGAAAACAACACACUCCUCAGGCUUUCCUCAACCAGGCUGUAGCAGGAGCCAAAAGCAAGGACUUACCAUCACAGGUGCGAGCCCUGGUGGAAAGGAUGAAGAAGGACUCUAGAAUCAAUUUUGAAUCAGACUGGAAGGUGAUCACUGUUUUCAUUGGUGGAAAUGACAUGUGUGACCACUGCUACAACUCUCUACUCUAUUCUGUAGAGAAUUAUGUUCGCAAUGUUCGUGAAAGCCUGGAUUAUCUCCACAAAGAGGUGCCUCGAGCUCUAGUGAACUUAGUGGAGCCUCUCCAUAUUAUCCCCCUGAGAGAAAUGCACAUGGACACUUCAAUCAAAUGCCCAACUUGGCUGGUAAAUAUUCUGUGUCCUUGUGUUAUCUUGCCAAAGCCCAAAUCUAAAGCUCUUGAGAUGUUGGAGGACCUCAACAGAAGCUAUCAGCGUUUACUGCGUGAGCUUGUGGAGUCAAGCCAGUAUGACACUCGCUCAGACUUCACUGUGGUCCUCCAGCCUUUCCUCAGAGAAAUCAUCGUCCCCAGACUGCCGGAUGGCCUCCCUGAUCGCUCCUACUUCAGUGCCGACUGCUUCCAUCUCAGCCAGAAGGCCCAGACGCUGAUGGCUCGCUCCCUCUGGAACAACAUGCUGGAACCUCUGGGCAAUAAGACUACCAAACAGGAUUUUACUGUAGACGUUGACCUGAAAUGUCCAACCAAGACUUCACCAUUUUUUCGCACCUAUAACAACAGCAAUUACACGUAUGCUGGUCCCUCCCCAACACCUGGACCUAUUCAAAACUGGGGAAGUGACUUCUCCUGUGUGGACCUUGCUCCGUCUGACGCUGUGCCAACUUCAGUUCACAAGCUGAGACCAGCAGACAUCAAGGUGGUGGCAGCACUGGGAGACUCUUCAACGGCAGGCACUGGUGCUAAAGCAAAGAAUCUGUUUGACCUCAAUAAGGAUUAUAAAGGAGUAUCGUGGAGCAUCGGAGGGGAUAAGACCUUGGAGACUGUCACAACACUGCCAAACAUCUUGAGGAAGUUCAACCCCUCUCUAAAGGGCUUCUCUAGAGGUCAGGGGCCAAUCCAGAAAGGCUUCAAUAUGGCGUCACCUGGAGCUAAGACCUCAGAGCUUCCAGCACAAGUGCAAGCUCUCAUCAAGGCUAUGAGACAAAAUAAGGAGGUGAAUUUUGAGAAGGACUGGAAACUUGUGACAAUAUUUGUAGGGGGAAAUGAUCUCUGCCAUUAUUGCCUAGACCAAAAUAACCUGUCACCUACGAAUUAUAGUCACAAUCUCAUGCUCAGCUUGGACAUACUUUACAAAGAGGUACCAAGGCUGUUGGUCAAUGUUGUGACAAUCUUGCAGAUAUAUCAACUGAAAACAGUUAAGAGGAACACACUGGGCUGUUCUCUACUACAGAGGACCAGCUGUCCCUGUGUUAUCAACCCACUUGAAAACUCCCCAGAACUUGAAGAGAUAAAACAAAUCAAUCACAAGUACCAGGCUGAGAUCCAGUAUCUUAUUUCUGGAGAUCGUUAUGAUGGAAAAGAAGAUUUUUCUGUUGUCCUUCAACCAUUUCUAGAGAAUUCCUUCAUCCCUCAUAUCGGAAAGGGCGAGCCUGAUCCGAGUUUCUUCUCUCUCGACUGUUUCCACAUCAGUGAGCGAGCUCACUCUGAGAUGGCCAUUGCCCUCUGGAAUAACAUGCUGGAGCCUGUGGGCAGGAAACAGGCCUACAACAACUUCACUUAUGAUCGCUCCAAGAUUCACUGUCCCUCUGAGGCCAGUCCCUUCAUCUUCACCAAGAUAAACAGCCUCCCAAGUCCACCAGUAAUCACCACGACCAGCUCCAGUCCUACACCAACCAUCCCUGUGCCCAAGUGUCCCUCCUCCAUGCCUGUAUGGGUGCCAGUGGCUGUGGGAAUUGUCAGUUUACUGGCUGGCAUUACUGUCGCCUGGCUACUUCUCUCCUGCACUCAAAGCUGGAGAAACAAAGUGGAGAGAGGAGAAAAAAUGAAAGGAACUGGUUUUUAA